AUGCAACCUUCAGAUAUCUUCGUGGGGUCGAUCGACCAGGGCACAACAAGCACCAGGUUUCUGAUUUUCAAUCGAGAUGGAGAGCCUGUUGCCUCACAUCAGGUUGAGUUCAGCCAAAUCUAUCCGAACCCAGGAUGGCACGAACACGACCCUCUCGAGCUAAUCUCCUCAGUGGAAACAUGCAUCUCAGAGGCAGUCCGCGAUUUCGAAAACAAAGGCUACCUCCGCAGCAGCAUCAAAAGCCUCGGAAUAACAAACCAACGAGAAACAACAAUAGUCUGGGACCACGAGACCGGCGAGCCCCUCCACAAUGCCAUUGUCUGGACAGACACCCGCUCACAGUUCAUAGUGAGCGAGUUGAAACAAAAGCCAGGGGCAUCCAGUCUCCAAUCCAUCUGCGGUCUACCGCUGUCAACCUACUCAUCCGCCACAAAGCUCCUGUGGAUGCUAGCACAUGUCCCAAAAGUAAAAGAGGCUUUCGACCGCGGCACACUCGCGUUUGGAACCGUCGAUUCCUGGCUUGUAUACCGUUUGAACGGUGGCGUCCAAGCCAACGUUUUUGUCUCGGAUGCGACAAACGCCUCGCGGACCAUGUUUGUGAACUUGGAAACUCUGCAAUACGAUGAUAAGCUUUUGGACUUUUUUGGAAUUAAGGGCAAGGUUCAUCUGCCGAGGAUUGUUCCCUCCUCAGAUGCAGAUGCGUACGGUGUGAUUGCUACCGGUGCUCUUGCGGGUGUUCCAAUUAUGGGCUGUUUGGGUGAUCAGUCUUCUGCGUUGGUCGGGCAGAAAGGGUUCUCGCCUGGGAUGGCUAAGAACACCUAUGGGACUGGAUGCUUUUUGUUGUACAAUGUAGGUGAUAAGCCUGUUUUCUCGAAACACGGGCUUUUAGCUACGGUUGCGUACAAUUUUGGGGGGAAGGCCGUUUAUGCUCUUGAGGGGAGUAUUGCUGUAGCUGGGUCGGGGAUAAAAUUCCUACAGAACAACUUGGACUUCUUCCAGGAUCCAAAGGAGGUGAAUGAUCUUGCGCUUUCAGUGGAGGAUAAUGGAGGCUGUGUAUUUGUCACGGCUUUCAGCGGGCUUUUUGCACCUUAUUGGAUCGACGAUGCGAAGGGAACAAUCUUUGGCAUCACCCAAUACACUCAAAAGGGCCAUAUCGCCCGCGCAACCCUCGAAGCAACAUGCUUUCAAACAAAAGCCAUCCUGGAAGCAAUGGAGAAAGACAGCGGGCAAGCUCUUUCAGAAUUGGCCGUUGAUGGAGGAAUGAGCAAUUCGGAUCUAGCCAUGCAGACUCAGGCAGACCUCAUCUCAAUUCCUGUCUAUCGGCCUAAGAUGCGCGAAACUACAGCAUUAGGCGCAGCAAUCGCCGCAGGCCUCGCAGUUGGUCUAUGGCGAAACUUCACCGAGCUCCGCGAUAUCAACCGCAGCGGUGGUGCGGUCUUCGAGCCCCAGAUAACCCGCCAAGAGAGCGCCAGCAAAUUCGGAGAGUGGGAAAAAGCAGUACGGAUGUGUCGAGGAUGGAUUGGAGCGAAUCGUGACGACUCGAAAGAUACCGGUCGUACCAAUGGGGCAGUGGAGACCAAGACUCAUGCGGUACCUGUGCCCAGCGUGAAGGUGGAAAGGCCUUCUCCAAACAGCAUGAAGCCAAUUCACAUGUCCUCUUUGUUGUCUGAUAUUGUUGCUGCUGGUGAAGGUGCGACGUUGAAGGUCAAGACACGAUCACAGAAUGGAGAUGUAGAGUCCCCGUCUAUCAAGACACCGUUAAUUAGUAUUUCAGAGGAUUUGGAUAGUGCUGAUGAGGAGUAUUUGUGCUUGGAAUUGAGGAAGGUGGAAAUUCUACAAAAGAUGAAGAAGAUGCGAAAGCUGAAGCUGGCUGGGCUAUUAUUAGUUUAG